CCCCUUUUUUGGCCGUAUCGUUAUCACAGUCGCAAAAAACACGGAAAACGCGGAAGACUAGUGUGGAAAUAUUUUCUGAAUUCAGAAAAAAACCGUCUGUGCGUGCGUGCUUUGUGUGUUUGUGUUGGUGUGUGCGUGUGUCGUGGCAAAGUUUCUGUUUUUGUUUAUACUCCCACGCCGCUCUCACUUACUUGUGACGUCACAACAACGAUUCGAUCAUCUUUCCGUUGAUAAUUGUGUAAUAGUUUAUUAAUAUAAAAAAUAGAAAAACACUGUGAAUAUGCGACGACAAUGUCAGGCUGCAUUAAGGCACCUGGUGCGUCACUGCCAGGCGACAGCAGCGCCCACAACGAUAACAACGACAACAACGACAAUGGGAGCCCGCAGAUUCUGCCUGCUCCAAGAGACGCCCCUGCUCCAAAAGACGCCCCUGCUGACCCACAGACGGUACUCAAAGUUCAGCACCCACCUAAGCGAGGAGCGGGCCAUGGAAUUGCUGUGCAAUUUGGAUGAGGAGGAGCGCCACAAUCUGCGCGACGCCAUGGGCAAAAUAGCUGCCGACAAGGAGAAGAAGAUGUACGAGAGCCAUCUGGCUGUUGGCAGUUGGCGGACACGCUUUGGACGGCUCUCGAAUAAACCAUCAUUGGGCCAGGUGGAUCCUUCCGGCUCUUUUUGUGCCGUUCCCGAUGAAUGGCUGCAAAAGAAAUUGGUUGAAUCGGCAACGCCACCCACCGCAGGACAAUUGUACAGCAUUUUCUUUGUGAAUGCUGUGCCAUUUGUAGCCUUUGGUUUCCUGGAUAAUUUCAUCAUGAUCGAGGCUGGUGAAUACAUUGAGGUGUAUAUGGGCCAUUUCAUUACACUCUCCACAAUGGCUGCUGCGGGCCUGGGGAAUACCAUUAGCGAUAUAAUGGGCAUCACCAUGGCCACGUAUGUGGAGCACGGCUGUCAGAUAUUGGGCCUCAAGCAGCCACAAAUGGCGCCAGCGCAAUUUGAGCUCAAGUCCAGCAAGCGAGCCUCCAGUGUUGGUCGUAUUGUGGGCAUCACGGUCGGCUGUUUGCUGGGCAUGUGCCCCUUGUGGUUUAUGGACGAGAAUAAGGAAGCGGCAGGCACACAAGCACCUGUGGCUGUACCCGUGGUUCCAGCCGACACAGAAGAGUCAAAAGUUGUACUUAAUUAGCUUAAUGUUACGCUGGUCAAUUAGUGAUGCUGUUUUGUCUUUAUUAUGUUUAAUUUAUUAUUACCAUCUGAUGAUUUUAUUUCGAUAUUUUGAUAUUAGACUUAAAUUGCCAGCUGAUUGAUUUGCUUUACACGUCUACGUCCUGGCAUUUCCUUCAACGAACAGACAACAGAUUGUAUUUCCAUCGAAAGGGAGCCCCAGUUGCAAUGCAUAAACGAACUAAUGAGACACUCAAUGUACCUACUAAUCUAUUAAAGUUCAUCCUAGUUCAUAA